AUGAAGUUCUCCCUUGCUUGCCUUGCUCUCGUCCCCGCCCUUGCCUUCGCUGCGCCCCUCGAGCCCCGUCAGGGUGGUGUCGCCGUCAACUGCGGUGGUCAGUACUACAGCGCCACCCAGGUCAACCGUGGCAUCAACAACGCCAAGAGCGGUCAGUACUCGAGCUCGGGCUACCCGCACACCUACAACAACUACGAAGGUUUCGACUUCUCCGACUACUGCAACGGUCCUUACAAGGAGUACCCGCUCAAGACGUCGAGCUCGGGCUACACCGGCGGCUCGCCUGGUGCUGACCGCGUCAUCUACGACAGCAACGACGGCACUUUCUGCGGCGCUAUCACUCACACCGGCGCUUCGGGCAACAACUUCGUCCAGUGCAACUACUAA